AUGUCGUACAACAACUUCGCUCCCCCGGCGGGGGGAAUGCGCGGCGCCCCACCCCCGGGAGGUCCUAGCUACGGACAACCGCCGCCGCCGCCUGGCGGCCCGCCCUCGGGCACUACCUCGCUCGGUGGCCAGGGAGGCCCUCCCACCGGCCCCCCAAUGGGCGCUGCACCGCCAGGCAUGCCACCUCCGCCAACGAGCCAGGGCUUGGCCAAUCAGAUGGGACAGAUGUUUCUGGGCCCGCCACCGAACGGCAUGGGAGCUCCACCACAGGGGGGUAGCAUGAUGGGGGCGCCGCCGAAUGCCGCAAGUAUGGGUGGCGGCCAAGGGGGGUAUCAAGGCGGGAUGGGGUACCGUCCGGGACAAGGAGCAGCGCCCCCUCACGGAGGCGGCUACGGAGGCCAGCCGGCGGGCCCCGGCGCCCAGGCACCGGGCGGGGGGGGGGGUGGAGGCAUGGGGGCGGCGACCGGCGCGCCUACCGGCAACCAGGCGCUGCUGCCGAGCAUCAACGACACCGACAUGAGCAUCCAGGCCGACCCCCGGGUGAUGCGGAUGACCGUCGGGGCGAUCCCCAAUUCUUCUUCGGCGCACUCUCAGAGCAAGAUUCCGUUGGGUCUAGUUGUCCAGUCGAUGGCGCUCGAUAUCGACGAGAAGGACGGGGGUCUCGACGUCGUCAACUUCGGAGCGCAGGGCAUCAUGCGGUGCAAGCGGUGCCGCACGUACAUCAACCCGUACGUGGGCUGGCUGAGCAACGGCCGCCAGUGGAGGUGUAACGUCUGCGGGAUGGUCAACGACACCCCGCCUUCGUACCAAUGUCACCUGGAUCAGGAUGGGCGCAGGUCGGACAGGGCGGAGCGCCCAGAGCUCGGCAAGGCCAGCGUGGAAAUGGUGGCGCCUUCGGAGUACAUGGUGCGGCCGCCGCAGCCCCCGGUGUACAUGUUCGUGAUUGACGUGUCCCAGCCAGCAGUGGCGAGCGGCAUGGUGCACGUUGCCGCGGAGACGAUCAAGGCGUGUCUGGACAACCUUCCGGGGGAGGAACGCACCAUGGUGGGCUUCUGCACGUUCGACAGCAGCGUACACUUCUACAACCUCAAGUCCAACCUGUCUCAGCCCCAGAUGCUGGUGGUGCCCGACCUCGACGAGCCCUUCCUGCCGGUGCCUGACGACCUCUUGGUCAACCUUAGCGAGAGCCGCAGCGUGGUGGACACUCUUCUCGACAACCUCGCGCAGAUGCACUCCCAGACUAGAGAUGUGCAGUGCUGCCUUGGGCCAGCACUGACUGCCGCGGGCAAGGUCAUGGGCCACGUGGGCGGGAAGAUGGCCGUGAUGUGCGCAAGCCUUCCUUCCACGGGCGAGGCAGCGCUGAAGCACAGGGAGAACCCGAGAGCGUUGGGGACCGAUCGCGAGCACCUGUUGCUCAAGGCGGAAAAUCCGUGGUACCAGAAUAAAGCGGUGGAGUUUAGCAAGCUUCAGAUCUGCGUGGACCUGUUCCUGUUCAGCUCGGGCUACUCGGACGUGGCCACCCUGGUCAACCUGCCCAAGUUCACCGCUGGCCAGCUCUUCUACUAUCCGGCGUUCAACGCCCAGAGCGAUGGGGUAAAGUUUAACGCGGAGCUCACCCGGGUGUUGACGAGAGCGACGGCUUUCGAGGCCGUGAUGCGCGUGCGGGCGACGCGAGGCCUGCGCAUCACGAACUUCUACGGGAACUACUUCAUCCGCGGAACCGACCUGCUGGCGCUGCCGAACUGCACCCCGGACAGCGUGUUCGCGGUGGAGUUCGGGUACGACGAGCAGCUGCUGACGGCGUCGGUGGUCUCGGUGCAGGCGGCGUUGCUGUACACCACCUCCUGCGGAGAGCGGCGCAUUCGGGUGCACAACCUGGCGAUCCCGGUGGAGACGGUGGUCCAGAACGUGUUCGACAGCGUCAGCAUCGAUGUCUUGUGCAACAUUCUUGCCAAGCAGGCGCUCGAGGUGUCCCUCAAGAGCGGAUUGGACAGCGCCCGCUCGAAGAUCCAGCAGACCUGUGUGGACAUCAUCCGCGCCAGCCGCGGUGGGGGCUACGGGUCUAGCCCCUACAUGGCUGCGGGCGCCCAGCAGCAGCCGACCGCGAUCUCCGAGGCGAUUCAGCUGCUGCCGCUGUACAGCAUGGCCCUCCAGAAGAACCUUGCCUUCCGCGGCGGGACCGAUGUCCGCACGGACGAGCGGGCGAACGUCCAGUCGCAGCUGGCCAACAUGCCGGUCGACCACAGCCGGUGCUUCACCUACCCCCGCAUGUUCAGCCUGCACGACAUGGAGGAGGAUGCGGGGCUACCGCGGCCGGACGGUCCGGAGGGAGACCUCACGCCCACGGCGGGCACGGACGACAUCAAGCUCCCGGAAGUCAGCAACCUCUCGGCAGAAAGAUUGUCGUCUGAGGGAGUGUUUCUGCUGGAGAACGGCGUGGAGCUGUUCCUGUGGGUGGGGAGGGCGGCCAACCCGGCGGUGGUGUCGGCGCUGUUUGGCGUACCUUCUCUGGAGGGCGUGGACCUCACCCGGUUGCAGCCUCAGGAGGAGGGGAACGACUUGUGCCGCCGGGUGAACAGCGUCAUCGCGGCGUUGCGGCAGGAGCGGAUGACGUACUUGCAGGUGACGGUGGUAGGGGAGGGCGACGGCCACAACGAACGGCGCUUCUUUUGGCAUCUCGUGGAGGACCGGGCGUCCUUCCCAGGCGGGUCGAUGAACUACGCCGAGUACAUGCAACACAUCAACCGACAGAGCGUCGGCGGGAUGGGCAUGGGCUGACGGCUGCGUGCGUGAGAGGUUAACGGCCGGAGGGCGGGAGAGAAGGAG